AUGGUGGACCAGGGUAGUUGCGUAGAGAUCAUGUACCCUGACUUGUACAAAGGACUGAACUUAAAACCUGAAGACCUGACAGCCUACGAUUCACCUCUGGUAAGUUUUGAUGGAAAGCUUGUUACCCCAAAGGGCCAGAUUAGGUUGCCUGUACAGGCUGGCUCAAAGGUAAUGAAAGUGGACUUCAUAGUGGUGGAUGCAUACUCCCCCUACAUGGCCAUUGUGGCCAGACCUUGGCUUCAUACCCUGGGUGCUAUUUCUUCAACUCUGCAUCAGAAGGUGAAGUAUCUGUCAGGAGAGCGGAUUGAGGAGCUGGUAGGGAACCAAUCCAUGGCUAGGCAGUGCCUCGUAUCUGCAAUUUUGCAUCAACCAACAACUGAGUCCUCAGCCUCGGUUAAGGAAGGCUUAUAG